UUUCUAAACUAGAUAUUCAUCUUAUUCUGCCCAUCGAAAUUUAGUUAUUUUUAAACUCGAAAAAAAUAUUCGACAUAGAUCUUGUUGGAUAGAUCUCGACGAGUACAAUAAAAUUCACUUGUAACACAUUCUCUAAUUCUUUACGGAUCAUGACAUAUGGUCGUUUAAAGAUUAGAGAUAUUUUUUAAAGAAGAGAGAAAAAAAAUCAAAGAGACUAAACCUAUAAAUUAUAGGAUGUUAUUUAGAAAAGUGAAAAAAAGUGUAGUAAAGACUAGUAGUAUAAAAAAUAUGAGGGGGAGUAUGGAUAUAUCGGAUAAAUUGCCCUAAAAAGUAUAUUUCCUAAAAAUAUGAAGAAUUAAUAGUAAAAUUGCAAUUCUUCCUUUUUUCCCCCUCCCCCUUUAUAAUCUUCCUUAUCCUUCGGUAGAGAGUUUAGACUGACCUCCUUCUGCUUCUUCUUCUUCCCUAGUCCACCCACUCAAAAGGAAUGAAGCUGUGAUCAUAAUUAGUAAAACUGAGAAAACACUAGAAUAUAACAUAUCUAAAAGCCAAGGCUUGUGCAAUAACUCCAGUGGAUGCAGUAGCAAUUACACAUGCAGAGGGCUUUCAAAGAAGCUAAACACAAAUAAAUAAAUAAAUAAAAUACAAUACUCGUUCAUUUAUUUCUCCAAUGGAUGCAUAGGCAAAUUUCCUUCCUUGGGUUUCCAAAUUUUCUAUUUCCUACACCCCGGUUAUUACAACCAAUUUUUUUGGCAUACACGAUACCUUAUCUUCGGGGGGUCAUAGAAGGGCUGAAGCAGGGGAGGUGGCGACGGCGGAUGUGGUAGAAAAGGUUGCCUGUGAAGGUGACAUCGAUGAUUACCGUGCCGCCGCCAAUCCGACGAAUUGGAAACUGGGAGGAGAGGACGGAGGGAGGAAAUAGUUUUAAUUGACUGAUGAAUAGAGAUGGAGAAAUACUCUGAACCAAUAACUGUCCACUUGGUAGUUGGUACUCCCGCUUAGGAGGUAAAAUGUAAUAUUUCCAAAAAUAGGGGUUUGUUCUGUUAGAGGUCCAAAACUUGAGGAGGUAAAGUUGUAAUUCUCCAUUCUUUCUCCCUCCCCCUUUAAUCUUCCCUUAUAUCCUUGGGUUUAGACUUUAGAGUUUAGGCUGACCUCCUUCUGCUUCUUCUUCUUCCCUAGUCCACCAACUCAAAACUCAGCGGCCAGCAAGCACUAGCAUUGAGAUCUAAUCCGAAUCCCCUGGUCCUUAUUUAUCUUGAAUAUCGUCGUCCAUUGUGUGUCCCUGCUCUCCUGGUCGACUGUGAUGAUCUCAGUGACGUUUUUGACCGACCGACCAACCAACCAAACCACCCUAGUAAAAGGGGCAAGCAGAACUAAAGGUUAUAUUUUUCUUCGUCGGGUGACCGUGCGGCCAUCGCCUAGCUGGAUCUUAGCACUUGGUCUACUGGUGUAGGUGGGUUUUUCAAUAAAAAACUUUUUUUUUUUUAAUGGUUAACAAACUGGAAUCUUUUUGAAUUUCUUUUGAAUUAUUAAGAAGCUUUGGCCAAAUUAACAAAUUAGAAUCUUGUACUCCUACUUGUAUAUGUUUUGAUACGAUUAGGACUAUUUUAGGAUGACGUUUGAAUGUAGUUUAACUGCUUUGUAAGAGCUUUGGAAACUUUGUACUGCCUCCGAAUGGAAUUAGAUAUCUUCUGCUACCUAAGUUUUCUUUUUUUGAGCUCCUCAAAACAGUCAAUCAAUUCUACUCAGUACUUGUCUUGCCUUCUAUUAUUUUGAUUCUCCUUCCUUUUUUUCCCACUGGGUUUGAUGUUUUUGUCCUUUUGGAUAUGAAGCUUGAAGAAAGUUUUGAUCUUUUUGGAUGGGGAGAAAGAUCAUCUCAGAUUUUCAACUUAAAAAGUGUGAAAAGAAAGAGUGGCAACUUGAUCGGAUUAGUCAGCUCCCAGAUGAAAUUCUUGUUUGUAUCCUUUCUUUUUUGAGUCUUGAAGCUGCUGCUAGAACAAGUCUUCUGUCAAAACGGUGGGCACAUCUUUGGUUGUCUGUUGCUAGUCUGGAUUUUGAGUCUGCAAAACUCUUGAAAGGGAUUGAAGGACUAAAUCUGUUAUUGAAGUCAGAUCGGGAAAUUCGCCGUGGCUAUCGUCAAAAGUAUGUUGAUUGGGUGAACAAGGUGAUCCAGUCACGCCGGGACUCUGUUUUGGAUGUAUUUAGAAUCCACUACCAUUUGGACAAGUCCUUUGGUGAUGAUAUUGAUAAAUGGCUGCAGUAUGCGUUUGCCAAGAGAGUGCAGAGGCUUAGUUUGGACUUGCUUCAAUUAGAUUACGAAAUGUCUUAUGCUUUUCCUUGUCACUUGUUUGGCUUGAGUGAUGGGAACGGUUCUUCAUUAUCAGUUUCUGCUUCCCGUGCAAAUCAUAUCAAUUCUGAUGUGUUGUUUGGCCUCAAGACCCUCAGGGCGUUGACCUUUUCAUGUGUCAAUGUGUCUGGAGGAGUUCUUGAAUUUUUCUUGCAUAAUUGCCCUUUUCUUGAAUAUAUGCUGGUGGACAGCUCUGGUGGUCUGAAAGAAUUAAAAGUUGUUGGUCCAUCUCUUGCACUGAAACAUCUUGUCAUAAUUUACUGUGCCUAUUUGCUUUCUCUUGUUGUGCGCGAUACAAAUAUUGUAUCCCUUACAACUACUUCGGGUUAUAGCCUGGUUCUUGAGAAUGUUCCAAUGCUUGUGGAUGUUCAUGUUGCUGGAACCCCUACUGGAACUGGAAGGUGGUCCCGUGCAAACUUCGUGGAGAAGGCUAUUUCCUGGAUCUCUUGCUGCCUGUCGAAAUUGGAAGCUCUUACCUUAGAACUGCAGGAUUGGCAAGUCGAAUAUAUGCAUGAUUGGCAAUUGGAAGUGGCAAAGAAAAGAGAGACAAAUGCCGAACUUCCUCAGCUAACUAAAUUGAAGCAACUAACUUUAUCUGUUAGCGUACCAAGGAAAAGGAGCCUGAUUGCAUUUACUUCUCUGAUUAGGGCAUCCCCCAACUUGGAAAAGUUUGUUAUGAAGUCUGUCAUGAGUAGAACACCCAGGAAGGAAUGGCCUCGGAAGAUACGUAGAGCUUCUAUUGUAGGAGUUCCCCAUGAACAUCUCAAAGUUGUCGAAUUUUGGGGACACUAUGGACGUAGGUUGGAUGUGGAAAUUCUUGACUAUUUCGUAAAAAACAGUGUUGCCCUAGAGAAAGUUGUUGUUGAUCCUCGUGAUCGUGGUUAUCUAGAUAAUCGUCCUCGAGGUGAUUAUUUUGAUGAGGAAGAUCCAGUUUUUAAAAAUUCAGUUAAGCAAGGGCUCCGAGCAUUUUUACCUGAUCAUGUGGAAUUAGUAUUUCUUUAGGUGGGAGAGGAAAUUGUCUCCGUUAUAAUCAUCUAGAAAGGUGGGAGGAUGUUAUCUUGUAACUUAUUUCCUGUGUAACUUGUAACUUAUAAUCAUCUAUUUGUAGUGUAACUUAUUUGUUGUUAAGUUGUUGCAUUUUAUAUAUCUGUGCUUUUGUUGUAACUUAUGAUCUGUUUAGG